CAGAUAACGAGUCAUGCUCUGUGUCACGAUUCGAAUCUAAGAAUUUGCGACAUUACUGCAAUCCUACUCAACUUUCGACCUACUUCGAAUGGUGCUAGAGCCCAUCGAAUUCUCAGAGUGCUAUGGGGAUACGCCCUGGUUUCGUCAGAGUCUAUACCAACAUGAAGUAGCGUUGGAUAACACCAUGAAAAACAUGAAAAAUAUUGAAUCACAAUGCCGUAAACUGAUUGCAAGUACCAAAAAAUUAUCAGUCGCUCAACGAGAGUUCGCUGACACUUUGAAGGAAAUGAAUAUCGAGGUUGAACACUCAGCAGCGGACAGCGAAAAAGCAUUCGAUAAAUGCUUGCAUAAGUUUGGUCAAGUCGUCGGUGAAGUCGAAGUAGAGCGCAUGCAGCUUCUUGACAAAGCAGAAUUCGAGUGCUUGAAACGUCUUGAAAGGUUCCGAGAAGAUGACGCAAAAAAAGUCUUACAAGAGGAAAAGAAAAAAUAUGCAAAGGAAGCUAAGAAGUUCCAGCAGAAUCAAAACAAGUAUCUGAGUAUGAAAACGGAACGUGCCAAAGACUUUCGCGAAGCCGACAUACAGAUGAACAGGCAGCAGGAAGAAUUUCGCAAAGCCUCUCUGCAGUAUGCAGCGGAUUUGAAAUUAUUUCAAGGAAAAAUGCAGUUUGAGUUUUUGGACACCCUCAGCACUUUUCUUAAUGCUUGGAUGAACUUCUAUCACGCUGGUAAUGCUAUCCAAGAGAGCCUCAGACCAUUUGUGGUCGACGUCAAGGACGAGGUAUCCAAGGCAAAAGAGCGUUACACAAAACUGGCUUCGGAGACGCCGGAUAUCACCGAGGAUAUGCUCCAAAAUGGGCCUCGACGUGCAAGUCUAGUCAAUGAUACAAGAUUUGAAUUUGCUUCAUGUGGAUCAAGAAGGCCAAUCAAGGAAGGCUAUGUCAAUGUGCAAGAAAAGAAAAAGUGGACCAAGUACUACGGUGUGUACACGCAAGAGAGUCGCAUGCUUACCUUGGUUCCCAUAAAACAAGCGUCAAAAGCGGAUUUGAAUGAAGUGUUGGAGACGUCCACAUCCUACAAGGUACUGCAGCGUGAACGAGCUCCUUAUGACAGAGUGCAGAAACGAUUCUGUAUUGACGUAACAGUUGGAGAGCUAAUCGAUGGAUUAGUUCUACAAGCUCUUUCUGAAGAAGAUUGUCGAGAAUGGGUUGACGCCAUGGAUGAGAAUCAGAUUGUCAUCAACAUGAAGAAAUCAAGAUCAGAAGCGGGGAGAUUACCGGCUGGGACGGUGCUUCCACCCCCUCCUGGAAGAACAGCACCGGAUCCCUUCGCCGUAGACUGGGAGUCACGCGAAGCCAGAAGAGGAGGUGUUCAAUAUGACGAACCUGAAACAUCAACCGCUCAUGGAAGGAGAGAGCCCGAAAAUUUCGUAGGGCGCACGCCUGUAUACGCGGCUGAAGAGCCGCGAGAACCCCACUUUCAAGCACCAAUCAGAGAGUUCGAAGAAACCUUACACGAAAGUUACGCGAAAGCGACGGAGCCGCAAACCAAAAACGUUAAAGAAACGGUUUACUAUGAAGAACUACUGUGGCCGGCUGAAGAACUCCGUUACUUACCCCUGCCCUCUUCGGUAACAGAUUAUGAAGAAUCAUUCUAAGGACUUUCACCAACGGAAUGGGAAACCGGAAGAAAUGUUGAACAGACAUUCAAGAUUUGAAGAUGUCGCGACUUGUCUCAAGUUCCACAUAUUUUUUUCCUGUCUAAGAUAUUCAUGCAUCUCAUAAUCGAUUAGAUUGUAUUGAUUGUAAAUUGAUAGUUGAUUGCACUUCUCAUUCUAUCGGCUUCCAAUUGAUUUUAGAAGAUUCAAAAUUGCAGUUUGAUUACAUGAUUUCUAUAACUUUGCGGAGGGUGCUAACUUUUUGCUUUGCAAAGAAUUGUAGUUUUUUCAAAUGAGAAUCAUUUGUUAGUUAUAAUCUCUAUUUUCAGCAGAAUUUGUUUGAACUAACCGCCGCAGUUUUGUAAACCGCAGCAGAUAGUUUGUGUAAUCAU